GAUAAGUGGUCCAUGGCUUACCUUCUCCAAUCUCUUUUCCAAAUUCAGCCAAUUUCUUGGAGGGCUUCGUCGACAAAAAACCCUUAAAACAGAAAGUUUGGGAGCUCAAUAAAUGUCAAACACACAACCAACUCUCAGUUUCUCUAUGUAAUUUUUUUUACUUCCUCUCUCUAUCAAUAAUUUAUAAGCUUCUCUCCUUUCCCAUCUAUCAGUUCACAGGACACUUGGUUUUCUGUACAUAAAAAGAAGACAGAAUUGAAGCUUUGUUUCAAUGGAGUUCCUGUCUUUUCUUGUCUGAUAUUUUGUCUUUUACCUCUUAUCCAAUCUUUGUCUAUUUCUUCCAUCAACCACACAAAAGAACCUCAUCUGUAAACAAGUGUUUAUCCAAAGAUGAAAUUUCUUUUGAAGCUUGUGGACAUGGAAAAGAAACUGAUAAUGCUAAUGUUGCUUCUCCAACUUUUGUCCUUAAACUCUCUGUCUCUGGGACAGUCAUCAUCCAAACCAACUGCAAAUAUCACGGUAAUGGGUCUUGUUUAUUGCGACAUCUGUUCUAACAACAGUUUCUCCAAACACAGCUACUUCAUGCCCGAUGUGGAAGUGAGAAUAAUCUGCAGAUUUAAGGCAGCUUCCUCGAGAACUAGAGAGAUGAUAACAUUCUCUGCAAAUCGAACCACAAACGAGCGUGGACUCUACAAGCUAAGUAUAACUUCUGUUGAAGGUGUUUCUUGCGCCACAGAAGCAGACAAAGAUUCUCUAAUGGCUUCUUGUCAAGCAAGCUUGAUCGGUAGCUCCUCGGAUUCCUGCAACGUUCCAGGCUACAAAACUACAACCGAUCAGGUUAAGUCCAAGAGGUCUAACCUCUGUGUCUACCGAUUUACCGCCUUGAAUUUUAGACCGUUUAAGAAGAAUAUUGACUUGUGUGGCAAGCAAUAGAAAAUAAAUUGCAAUUUUCUGUCACUUGUUAAUUCAAAUCAGUUUUCUUCUUGUCUCAUCUGUUCUGUAUAUUUGGACUCUGUUCAAACAGCUUAUAUAUAUAUAAAUAUAAAAUAUUGUCUAUAAACUCAAAAUUCCAUAACCAAAUCA